GGCUGACUCAUAGCCUCUCAGACAGUCAACGUGGUGGAAGACAUCUAACAACCCUGCUGUUGCUAUUGGCUAUAUUUGGAACUACGACUUUCUCUGUAAUUGCCUGACAGGAUUGAGAUGUUACAGUUUAGGUGUUCGACAGUGCUGAAGGAGUUGUUUCAAACCACCCUCAAGCGUCCCUCGUCCGGUUCUAGACAGAAGACCUGGUUACCGAGCCGCCACUGCCGCUUCGGCACCGCCUCCGCUGAUGCCAGAGCCCUGUGUACUCAACUGAAGGUGCUACAUGCCGCUGCGCAUCGCCCUGCUUUCCGCACCGCGCACUUCGCUGCCCCUUCCCGCUCCUACUGCGUGAAAACUGAAGAUGCCGUGGAGCUAGACGAGCUGCUGAAGAAGGAUGGGGCCAGCAGUGAAGCAGCCAGCGACGAGAGAAGAAAUGCAGGCAUUCUCCCCAGUUUGGAGGACUUGCUGUUCUACACAGUCGCAGAAGGUCAAGAGAAGAUUCCUGCUCAUACAUUUCUCACAGCGCUUAAAGCCACUGGACUUCGCACUGGAGAUCCCAGACUGAAGGAAUGCAUGGACACCCUCAAAGAAACUCUAAAGAACACAUCAGAUGGCGUCACACUGGACAGGCACCAAUUCAAAAAGUGUGUCCAGAGCAACAUUGUCCUGCUCACUCAGGCCUUCCGCAAGAAGUUCGUCAUCCCAGACUUCCAGUCCUUCACCUCCCAUAUUGAUGAGCUCUAUGAAAGUGCCAAAAAACUCUGUGGAGGACAGGUUGCAGACUACAUUCCUCAGCUUGCCAAAUUCAACCCUGACCUGUGGGCCGUCUCUCUGUGCACAGUUGACGGACAGAGGCACACAGUGGGAGACACCAAGGUCCCCUUCUGUCUGCAGUCCUGUGUCAAGCCUCUGAAGUAUGCCGUUGCUGUUAAUGACUACGGCACAGAGUACGUGCACAGUUUCAUUGGGAAGGAGCCCAGUGGUCUGCGCUUUAAUAAACUCUUCCUGAAUGAAGAUGAUAAACCCCACAACCCCAUGGUGAAUGCUGGCGCUAUUGUUUGUACUUCGCUGAUAAAGCAAGGUGCAGGCAAUGCUGACAGAUUUGACUAUGUCAUGAACUUUCUGAAAAAACUGGCAGGAAAUGAGUAUGUGGGUUUCAGCAACGCAACAUUCCAAUCGGAGCGUGAGUCAGGAGACAGGAACUUUGCUAUCGGCUACUACCUAAAAGAAAAAAAGUGUUUUCCUGAGGGGACAGACAUGACAUCUGUACUGGAUCUAUACUUUCAACUGUGCUCCAUUGAGGUGACCUGUGAGAGCGCCAGUGUCAUGGCAGCCACCCUGGCUAACGGCGGUACCUGCCCAAUCACGGGUGAGCGCGUGCUGAGCCCUGAGGCUGUGAGGAACACCUUGAGUCUGAUGCACUCCUGCGGCAUGUACGACUUCUCAGGACAGUUUGCUUUCCAUGUCGGUCUGCCAGCCAAGUCUGGAGUAGCAGGAGGGAUCCUGCUGGUUGUACCCAACGUGAUGGGUAUUAUGUGCUGGUCACCUCCACUAGACAAGAUGGGCAACUCGGUCAGAGGAAUACAGUUCUGCACGGAUCUUGUUGAACUUUUCAACUUCCACAACUACGACAACCUGAGGCACUUUGCCAAGAAGCACGACCCUCGCAGAGAAGGAGGAGACCAGCGGCUGCAAACCUUCGGACCCAUGGAUUACGAGAGUCUCCAACAAGAGCUAGCUCUGAAAGCCCCUCUUUGGAAAAAGGUGUCCCCCACUGAGUCGCACCAGGACUGCUCUACCACUGUAGUCUAUAGGAUGGACAAAGCCAGCGAGUGAAAUAGCAAAAAGAAAAGAAGGAGACCCACCUGUCCUCCACACCCCCACCUCAUCUGAUCCCUCUCCCUACCUCUCAACAACACCAUCGUUCCUCACUCUCAAAUAUUUAUAUAUAAAUUAUGCAGAAGAUUAUAUAUUGCGUGUGAAGCGGUCACUGUGUGAACAGACUGGGAAGCUGCUUUUGUCUUUAUUUGCAAUGACAGGGGGGACUGACUUGUUGUUUAUUUAGCUCUGAAUUCCAAAUGAACUCAUAACGUCCGCCUGCUUGUUGCCUUAGUGAGUGUGGGAUCACCUUACACCCUUUAUCGCAGUAUUUUAGUUUUUUUUGACUAAAUCAUCUUCAAAGGUGUAGUCUGAUUUAUUUUCAUUUCAUAUUUUGGUUUCCUUGUAACCAAAAAAAACAAACCAUAUGUGUGCCUACACAUACAUUGAGACUACUUUCAAGGGACAAUUGCUUACUGGAGCUCACACUAAGGCCUGAGCACCUAAACUCAGAUGCUUGAUGUACACUUUUUGGAGAAUUGAUGGAAAGUUUCCAGAGAAUAUUGUUAACACAUCAGUUAGCUGUCAGCCACCGGGCUAGGGUUCAGCAGUGUAACAGCUAACAUGACGUAGUUUGUCAUUUAAAAAAAUCUCAACCCAAAAACUGAAGACUUAUUUGAGUCAGUAUCAUAAUAGUGCAGAGUUUUUCAAAAGUCUGGUCAGGACACAGUCUAAGAACCAAGUAGCUUAUUACAAACAGUUGAUCCUCUUCACUAGUUUAAUGGGAAAAUAGCAUGUUUCUCUGCACUAUAUCCAAGCACCUGUACCAUCUUUGUGUAGGUGGUUAAGUUCUGCCUAAAGAUGUCUGACGAAGGAUACAUGCAGACAUUUGAGAAUUGAGAUUAGUAGGAACCCCCCACUUGAUAUGCAUAAAGGGAUGCACGACUAAGAAUGCACAUUUGCAUGUGCUUGAAUUACUAGUAAAGAAUAAAUUGAAUCAAUUUUAUAUAUAUAUAUCAUUUGUGCCUCCCUCUGUUAAAAAAAUAGAAAACAAAAUAGACAGAACUUGGGAUCUAAAAGCAGAGUGACGGUUGAGAAAUACUCCUAUUGUGCUGACUUAUAUGGAGAUAGCAUUGAAGAGAGAAACUGCAGUAAAACAGGACUUUAACUUGACUUUAAACUGUCAGUGUUUGUGCCUGGACCACCAUUGGGGCUGAUUUUGAAACCAUGAUGAUUUGUAUAUGAAAACUGGAGCACCCCACUUGCUCCAUCUGUUCGAGCAUGCGCCCCAUGUACUAAGGCUGAGUCCUUAUCGGCAAAGCAAAAGAGAAAGCAAGCUGUUCUCACUCACUGGACCCAAGUGUCCUCAUUCACCAGACUGGUUGCAUCAUUCUGAGCUGAGUUUGUGUCUGAAUGGACCAUUGUGUAUCAAGUUUAGUGUGUAUGCUCUGUAUAUGAAAGGGUGGUGUAUGUUCGUUGCACAUUAAGCCCCUCAGAGUAUGCAUGGGUCUGACCAGUCCUCAUACAACUUCUCUGCUGUGAACAGGUGCCUGCAGGUUUUAUCUGCAGGGUUUAUCUGAGCUGCAUUCCAAAACAAACCACGUGUUUGUAAAGUUCUCCAACUCUUGCUCUUCUAGUAAGGUUGUAUGUUAUCAAAACUGUCUACCAUAUAUACGUAAUUUACUGCACUUCUGAAUGUACGUAGUGGCAGGUGUAUACGCUUUUAGGGAUAUGUACGUGAGUGAUAAUCCUCAACAGCAGACUAGAAUGUGUGUAGAAUAUACACUACAGACGUUCUGAAUUUAUAAUCUUGUCUCCUCCAGGAAGUAAGAGUACUUGCACAUGUCAGCUGAUGCCUUAGAUGUCACUGUACUGUGACUGUAGUGUGACUGUCUGUUUGUUAUUCAAUCAUUGUUAAAACUGUAUUUGUGGCAUUUUUCACUGGUUGUGACUGGUUGUGAGAUUAGCUGCUGGAGCCAAUAAUAAUACACUGUUAUAACAAUGUGAUGUUUUGAAGUUUUGUUCUUCUUUUUUUUUAAGUCAUGGACUUUUACUUUCUGUUGUGUCUGCUAAUUAUUGUGUAGAGGUACAAUGGAUUCAAAAGCCUCUGUCAACGUUAAUGCUCCUUGGAAAUGUUGGUGUGUAGGAAAACCCAUUUCCUUGGUGCUCUUACAGUAUUUUCUACAGUAUGCAAGAAGCGGAGUUGGGUUUGCCACAUCAGUGUACAGAAAGCACUGAGAUGCUGGAUAGUGCUUCUGUUUUUUAAGAUCAUCAAAAUUACAUACCCGUGGCUGCCAUUUAUCUGGCUAUAACCAUUAAAUGUGUUUUAACUCAUUAGUUGCUUCUAAUUGCAUUAUCAGUAGCAGAGUCCACCUUCAUGCACCAGAUGUUAAAUUGUGCGCAUGUGUGAAGUGAUGCGUGUGUGUACUGGGAGAAAUUUAAAAGGACAAGAGUUGACACGUGCACACAGAUUUUGAAGAGGAAACAUAUUUGUGUCAUAACAAGAAUAGUUUCAACAAUUUACAAAUAUGAAGUUAGAAUAAAGACGUAAAAUGUUCUCAAUUUCCAGCACAUCACUGUGAUUGGAACCCUAAGACAUUCUUAGCCUUACCAACCAGGUGGUUAAGGAUUAUAACUGUAAAUGUACAAAUACAGUAUACCAUGAUGCUUAUACUCUACUGUGCAAAAGUUUAAGGCAGCUAUUGGGAAAAUGCUGUAAAUUAAGAAUGCUUUCAAAAAUAGACACGUUAAGAGAUUAUAUUUAUCAAUUAACAAAAUACAAAGUGAGUGAACAGAAGAAAAUUUUUCUUCUGUUCACUCACUUUCUAUUAUCUAUUACUUGUCCAAUUUUGAAACCAUUCUUAUUACUUUACUGCAUUUUUGGUUAAAUGCUGCACAAGUAGGGAAUUUCCAGAAGCAUAGAUUCGAUUUUUUCCUUUCUGAUAUGACCGUGGAGGGAAUCCGUUUCUCCUUUUAACAACGUGCAAACCUAUUUUUUGCUGCUACAUUGGUACAAAAUCUUAAAGUACAGUGCCUGCAUGUUACUGGACCAGAACAGCAUUUAUGGCAACAAACCAGGUUGAUUAUGUUAUCUGUUCAACUUUGCUUUGGUAAAUCAGAAUGACAAACAUGAAGUAUAGUAUUUGACAUUUGUAAUUCAGCAACCAUUAUCUCACUCCUCACAGUGUAACUAUUAUUCUGUGCAAUCAAACUCAUGACAGAGGGGCUUUUGAAUGCACUUACCAGUAUUUCCAUGGAAAUUAUCAGGUUUUUAUAUAGUUGUCAUGUUUGUAAUGUUUCCUGUUAUUUUCCUCUGAAUUCUCAUUCUCCCACCUGCAUGCAUAUUGUUUUAUGCUUUAAUAAAUGUGUUAAUUGUGUGUAAUCAGUAUGUUUAAAGUUCAUUUGAUUACCUUCCACAUGUCUUUAUUUAUGUUGAUUUGUGUCUUGGACAUACAUUCUACUUUUGACAUGGAAAUUGAAAAACCAUUACCAUUAUAACUGGGUGACCUUGGAAUUGUAAGGUUCUCUGAUGCUUUAUUUAUAAGAUCUUUUUUGGCCAACGACUAAUUGUUGAAAAAGUAGAAAAGCUGUAGAAAAGCUGUUACAUGGGAACAAGUAACAUGUUACAUGGGUUCAUAAAAGCCAAGAUUUCCCUCAAACAUACAGAAGAUGAAGCCAAACAGUUCCAAGCUCAUAACUGUCAAACUUUUUCUAUGUUUUGAUUUCUUUUCUUAGUCCACAUGGUUGUAAUGCUGUAUGUAAAGUCUCCAUACACUGCCAGCUCUUCGAAAUUAAGACAUGAACUUGUCUUCCUUUUAUUAUUCUGAUACUUCAGUUUCUUUGGCUGUGAUGGAGACAUGAAAGUUGUGUUAAGAUUUUUUUUAGCCUUGGUGUCGAUUGUAUGAACUCUAAUAAAGCACUUGUUAUCCAUCA